UCUCAUCUGCGUUUGCCGAAAACUUUUGUUAUUUGCGCACAGUCGGGACAUAUCGCUACACAGCCGAGUUUGUAAUACCGCGCCGCAAGGGGAGAUAAUUUUUGUGUGCAGACCGCUAUCAAAAUCAAUACGUCCUUGCGCUGACCUCCAGGCAUCUCAAGGUCGCGGAAGGUGAUAGUCAAACGUGACUCGGCGAACGAUCUGUAGCCGCGAGAGUCAGCCGAGGAAGAGCUCUAAGGACGGACGCACUGAUAGCACCAGAUUCUGCGAGUGACUCCUAGCCACGAUGAGCGAACGAGAGCAAUCCCCGAGGCCCCGUGUGUAUGUAACGAGAAGGGUACCACAGCCCGGCAUAGAUGUGCUGUCCAAGGAGUGCGAUCUGACAUUUUGGGACAGCGACGAGGCCAUCCCACAAGAUGUCCUCCUCGAAAAUGUUCGUGGCAUCGAUGGUCUGUUCUGCAUGCUCACAGACAAUAUCAACACAGAGGUGCUUGAGGCUGCAGGCCCCAGCCUGAAGAUCGUGGCUACCAUGUCAGUGGGGUUUGAACACAUCGACAUACAGGAGUGUCAGAAAAGAGGGAUAAAGGUGGCCAACACCCCGAAUGUGUCCACAGACAGUGUCGCCGAGUUCACAGUCACCAUGUUGCUGGCUUGCUCCCGAAGGCUACUCGAGGGCGUGGACGCCGUGAAGAAAGGGCAGUGGGGGAAAUGGAAGCCAAUGUGGCUGCUGGGAGUGGAACUUCACAACUCCGUCGUUGGCAUCCUUGGGUUUGGCCGGAUCGGAUACGGCGUCGCCCGACGCCUUAAACCAUUCGGCGUUGCCAGGCUUGUUUACAGUGACGUGACGCCAAUGGGCUACGCCGCUGACCUGGGCGCUGAAUACGUCACGUUUGACGAGAUGGUUCGAGAGUCCGACUUCGUGUGUAUUUGCUGUAAUCUGACGCCCCAGACAAAACACAAAUUCAACAAGAAAGUGUUCGAGAAGAUGAAAAACACGGCCAUCUUAAUCAACACGGGGCGAGGCGGCGUCAUACAGCAUGACGAUCUCUACGAGGCGCUGAAAGAUAAGGUCAUAGGGGGCGCUGCGCUUGACGUCACAGAGCCGGAACCUUUGCCGAAGGACAGCCCAUUGCUGCAGCUUCCUAACUGCAUCGUGGCGCCGCACAUGGGGAGUAACACAUGGCCGUCUAGGAACAUGAUGUCAGCUACUACCGCCAAGAACAUCCUGGCUGUAUUCCAUCGUGAAGACCUCGUUGGGGAAGUUGUCUAAAAGACGGACAGAGUUGUCGAACUUUGUCAGGCUUUCGUUUUAAUCAAUGUUUUUUGCUCAAUAUACAUCUCCAUUGUGUAGGUCUUCAGCAGCUUAAUUUAUUAGUUUCGGUGCGAAAAAUAUGCUACUGGAUAUAUGGAUAAAAUGCGUAAAGUGUCAAUUCUUAAUAUAUAAAUAUAUAUAU